AAAGAACCUUUCUACCCUCAGUUUUGUGAGCAUUAACCGUCAAGUGUUUUUCCUUUACACUGUUUUACUCGCGAACUUGCAAGAGGAAUAAUAGCAUGGCAUCUCAGCAAGCAAACCGUGAAGAACUUGAUGAGAAAGCAAGGCAAGGUGAAACUGUGGUUCCUGGUGGCACUGGUGGGAAGAGUCUUGAGGCUCAAGAACAUCUUGCUGAAGGAAGGAGCCGUGGAGGGCAGACAAGGAAGCAGCAGCUAGGGUCAGAGGGGUACCAUGAGAUGGGGAGCAAAGGAGGGCAGACAAGGAAGGAGCAGAUGGGGAGAGAAGGGUACCAAGAGAUGGGACGCAAGGGAGGACUCAGCACUAUGGAUAAGUCUGGUGGAGAGCGUGCUGAAGAGGAAGGCAUAGAUAUUGAUGAGUCUAAGUUUAAGAAGCACUAAAAUAUGUGAUCAAGUAGUGUUUGGUUGUAGUUGUUUUAAUGUGUGUUUCGAUGUAGUAGUAGCAGUAGUGAAUAUAUGCAGGAGACUAGUACUAUAAUGUAUGUGUUUUGAUGCUCCUGUUUGGUGGGAAUGGUAGGUAUGUUUAGGUCUCGGAACCUUAGGUAGUGGUUUUUAUCUUAAAGCAAGAGAUGGAGCAUGUCCAGCAUGCAUCCAUGGUGGUCUGUUUUUAGGAAGUGUUAAAACUGUCAACGGAGACUCUUUUCCAUUGAACAGUGAAUGUUCUCUUAUCUAUGAACAUUUAGAGUUCUAUCAA